AUGGGACAGGCCAGUCCCCUCAGGUACUACUCCCCCAUGGGACAGGCCAGUCCCCUCAGGUACUACUCCCCCAUGGGACAGGCCAGUCCUAUCAGAUACUACUCCGCCAUGGGACAGGCCAGUCCUAUCAGGUACUACUCCCCCAUGGGACAGGCCAGUCCUAUCAGGUACUACUCCCCCAUGGGACAGGCCAGUCCUAUCAGGUACUACUCCCCCAUGGGACAGGCCAGUCCCAUCAGGUACUACUCCCCCAUGGGACAGGCCAGUCCCCUCAGGUACUACUCUCCGUGGCACACGCCAGUCCCAUCAGGCCAGUCCCCUCAGGUACUACUCCGCCAUGGGACAGGCCAGUCCUAUCAGGUACUACUCCGCCAUGGGACAGGCCAGUCCCCUCAGGUACUACUCCCCCAUGGGACAGGCCAGUCCCAUCAGGUACUACUCCCCGUGGCACAUGCCAGUCACAUCAGGUACUACUCCCCCAUGGGACAGGUCAGUCCUAUCAGGUACUACUCCCCCAUGGGACAGGCCAGUCCUAUCAGGUACUACUCCGCCAUGGGACAGGCCAGUCCUAUCAGGUACUACUCCGCCAUGGGACAGGCCAGUCCUAUCAGGUACUACUCCCCCAUGGGACAGGCCAGUCCUAUCAGGUACUACUCCUCCAUGGGACAGGCAAGUCCCAUCAGAUAUUACUCCGCCAUGGGACAGGUCAGUCCCAUCAGAUAUUACUCCGCCAUUGGACAGGCCAGUCCCAUCAUAUACUACUUCCCCAUGGGACAGGCCAGCCCCAUCAGAUACUACUUCCCCAUGGGACAGGCCAGUCCCAUCAUAUACUACUCCCCCAUGGGACAGGCCAGUCAUAUCAGGUACUACUCUCCGUGGCACAUGCCAGUCCCAUCAGGUACUACUCGCCAUGGAACAGGCCAGUCCCAUCAGGUACUACUCCCCCAUGGGACAGGCCAAUCCUAUCAGGUACUACUCUCCGUGGCACAUGCCAGUCCCAUCAGGUACUACUCGCUAUGGGACAGGCCAGUCCCAUCAGGUACUACUCGCCAUGGGACAGGCCAGUCCCAUCAGGUACCAAUCCCCAUCGGACAGGCCAGCCCCAUCAGGUACUACGCUAUGGGACAGGCCAGUCCUAUCAGGUACUACGGUAUGGGACAGGCCAGUCCCAUCAGGUACUACUCGCCAUCGGACAGGCCAGUCCUAUCAGGUACUACGCUAUGGGACAGGCCAGUCCCAUAA